GUGCCGCGCGCCUGCCGUGUGCGUGGCCUUGCUAACCAGCACAGAGCGAUCGCUUGACCCGCCGCGCACGUACCAAACCCCUUGGGCCCGCGCGAGCGCGCUGGGCUAGCUAGCUGCCGGCAGUGUGAGUACUGAGUGGGCAGCGCGUGUCGCCGCGAGCCGAGCGCGGUGUGUGAUCGGUGGGAAGCGCACGGCGGGCGCUAGCUGCUUGGGAGGAGGCACCGGCCGGCUUGCGAGAGCGAGACCGAUCAUAUCGCGCCAUCGCGGGAUGGGGAGGGCGCCGUGCUGCGAGAAGGUGGGGCUGAAGCGGGGAAGGUGGACGGCGGAGGAGGACGAGAUACUCGCCAACUACAUUGCCAAGCACGGCGAGGGAUCCUGGAGGUCGCUGCCCAAGAAUGCAGGGCUGCUGAGGUGCGGCAAGAGCUGUCGGUUGCGGUGGAUCUACUACCUGAGAGCCGACGUGAAGAGGGGGAACAUCUCCAAGGAGGAAGAGGACAUCGUCAUCAAGCUCCAUGCCACCCUUGGGAACAGGUGGUCACUGAUCGCCAGCCACCUCCCGGGUCGAACGGACAACGAGAUCAAGAACUACUGGAACUCGCACCUCAGCCGGCAGAUCCACACGUACCGGCGGACCUACACCACCGGCAAAGACACCACUAUCACCAUCGACAUCAGCAAGCUGCAGACCGCCGAGAAGCGGCGCGGGGGCCGGACCCCCGGCCGCUCGCCCAAGAGCAGCGGCAGCGGCAGCGACAAAACCAACAAGCAGGCGGAUCCCGAGCCUGAACCGGCCAAGUCGGAAGACGCCCCAAGCCCGGUUAGCGCCGCGACGUCCGCGGUAUCGAGCCCGCUGCACAGCGACGGUGCGCGGAGCGCCGUGGUCGACCCGGACCAGAACCAGCGCAACAGCAGCGGCGGCGGCGGCAACAACCCCAACGGACCUUGCAACGAGGACGCGACCGGGCCGUUAGUGUUGGACACACUAGAUCUUGGGCUCUUGGAGGCUGAGAGCGAGAUGGAGGCCCUGCUGUCGAGGGAUGGCAUUGGGGUUGGAGACAGUUCGUUCACGGGGCUCAACGCGGUAGGCCAGGCCCAGGUGGACGAUCUGUUCGACAUGGAUUGGGACGGCUUCGCGGCCCAUCUCUGGGGCGAUCUGACCCAGAACGACCAGAGCGGGCUGCUCCAGACCGGUGAGCCGCAGGCCGAAGGCUGCAACUCGGACGAGCUCGAGUCGUUCGCGACCUGGCUCCUGUCAGACUCGUUCUGAGAGUUGGAUCAUCAAAUUGAUCAGGUCAACAAGGUGUCGUGUGUACAUAUUUUUGUAGAGGGGUUAGCCUGUAGGUAGGUGCUGCUUCGUGCAUGGAAUGGACUUGUUUCGCAUAUAAUGUAGAGUUGCAUGGCGUGUAAGGGUACUGGAGUUCAUCUCUCAUCUCCCGGUAAAAAUCGGUAAGCCCAGCAGUAGUUGGUAGCUGUAGGACCUUGGCUUGUGUACUUCGGCUCUGUGAGCCGGGAGAAAAAUGUUUCCUGCUCACCGGGAGCUGUGAAGACUCUGUUACAGAGUAGCUCUAUGAAAUGUUCGCAUCAGCUGUGGAAUGAACUGAACUAGCGC